GCUGGUCAGCCCAUGGCGCCGAAGGCACAGCUCGAUCUGCUUCCCUCAUUUGCCGUUCUGGCAGUUCGCCCUUUCUCUCUCACUACCUGAGAAUUGUUACCGGUGAUUGUAAACCCCGUCGAUCCUCUCUGUCGAUGCUGAUUCGGAAAAGAUUGGUGUCAAAAUCCAGUAAUUCACAACAUAAAAUAUCUAUCUCUCUGAGAAUCGAUUAACUUUCUUCGGAUUCUGAUCGGUUCCAAGCAUGAACUUCAGUGAGCUUAAUUUGGAUGUCUGAUCGCAAAAUCAUGUGGUUUUCCUUUUGGAAAUCUAGAGAUCGAUUCUCCUUAGACGAGCUUAGAUACUUAACCGAUCAGCUGCAGAAAGUUCAAAUUGUUAAUGCAGUUAAUAAGGAUUUUGUUGUUGAGGCUUUGAGAUCAAUUGCCGAGUUAAUAACCUACGGUGAUCAGCAUGACGCAAACUUUUUCGAAUUCUUCAUGGAGAAGCAAGUCAUGGGGGAGUUUGUCCGAAUAUUAAAGAUUAGCAAAACUUUCACUACUUCACUUCAGCUGCUGCAGACAAUGAGUAUCAUGAUCCAGAACCUAAAAAGUGAACAUGCUAUUUAUUACAUGUUCAGUAAUGAACAUAUUAACUUCCUAAUAACUUACGCAUUUGACUUUCGUAAUGAAGAGUUGCUGUCUUACUAUAUAUCAUUCCUAAGAGCAAUAAGUGGAAAGCUAAACAAGAAUACUAUCUCUCUUCUUGUGAAGACUUGUAAUGAUGAAGUAGUUUCUUUUCCGUUGUAUGUCGAGGCAAUACGGUUUGCUUUUCAUGAAGAGAAUAUGGUUCGCAUUGCUGUCCGUGCUCUCACUUUAAAUGUCUAUCAUGUUGGAGAUGAUUCCGUAAACAGAUUUGUUACCAGUGCCCCUAAUGCAGAUUACUUUUCGGAUUUAGUUAAAUAUUUCCUAAGGCAGUGCAUGGAUUUGAAUGGAUUGGUAUCUGCCACUCUUAAGCAAGGUUUUUUUGGUUAUCUGAACAGAAGAGCAAGUCUAGACUCAACUACUACAGUUAUUCGGGCUGUAGAUGAAAUUGAGGACAAUCUCUUCUACUUUAGUGAUGUUAUAUCUGCUGGAAUCCCAGAUGUUGGGAGGUUAAUAACUGACAGCAUUUUGGAGCUUUUGAUAUUGCCGUUGCUUCUUCCAUCUCUGCGGAUAGCUACUGCAAAUGACAUCCAGAUUCAUCCUGUAACUUCUCUAUUUCUUCUUUGUUGCAUCUUGCGCAUUGUUAAAAUUAAGGAUCUGUCAAAUACUGUCGCUGCUGCUCUCCUAUGUCCACUGGAAGCUUUUAUUCCGAAUUACGAAGCUAAACCCAAUGGCCAUAUGGCGGGACAUGAUUUUAGCCUUGAAAGCGGACAGUCCCACGAUGAUGGUGUUACUAAGGGAGAUGAACAUCUAAGACUUACUGUGUCAGCCGGAGAAAUUCAUCCAGAAGAUGUUAUCACCCACUCCUAUCACGGUCAAUCACAUGUAGCUUUGAGGGAGUCUUUGCUUUCUUAUAUUACUACUGGGGAUGACAUACAAGUACUGGGAUCAUUAAGUGUUCUUGCCACAUUUCUGCAAACAAAAGAGCUGGAUGAGACGAUGCUUGAUGCACUUGGCAUUCUUCCUCAGCGUCAACAACAUAAAAAACUCUUGCUGCAAGCGUUGGUUGGUGAGGGCUCAGGUGAAGAGACACUUUUUUCUUCUGAAAGUAGUUUAACAAGAGAAAGUACGAGUGGUGGACUUAGUGGGUAUCUGCAAAAGCUUAAGGAGCAAUAUGGAGUAUCAUGUUCCUUUCCAGAAGUUGGAACAAGUCCCCGUGUAUAUAGGUUUAAGUUGCUUGAUGCACUGGUCAGUCUCUUUUGCCGAUCAAAUAUAUCUGCAGAGGCAUUGUGGGAGGGUGGUUGGCUUUUGCGGCAGCUACUACCUUAUAGUGAAUCAGAGUUUAAUAGCAAUCAACUUAAACUGCUGAAAACUUUUUGUGCACAGGAUUCGUACAAGAACUGCACUAUUGCUCUUGUACAGGAGAGUAGAGGUGCCUGGUCUGAUCUACUUCUGACAGUCCUUCACAAUGAGUGGACGAAAUGCAAAAAAGUAAUCGAGGCUUCAUCUCCUCGGAAGGAGCUCAAAUGCAUGCUCCUGCCCAUGGAAAAGUCCUCUUUCGAAGCAGAUGUUAAUUUGUCUGGAUCAUCAUAUGCUGCUGGUGAAAGAAUGUGGGAAUUGGUGAAGGUGUUUGUACUCCGCCAUCAACUUCACAUUUUCUUCCUCGGUAGGGUCUUGCCUGAGUGGCCUCCUAUUUAUUCUCCAAGUGAUGUCCCUGAAAAUUCCCGCGCAAGAAAUGCUGGCCUCGAUGUUCUAGGCCCCAAGCCUGGUGCAGAACUAAGACUUGUUGAUGCCGUGCCUUGUAGGAUUGCAUUUGAGAGGGGUAAAGAACGUCAUUUUAGCUUCCUAGCACUCUCUGUGGGCACAUCUGGGUGGCUUGUCCUGGCUGAAGAGUUGCCCCUGAAGCGGCAUUAUGGACUUGUUCGGGUUUCUGCACCUUUGACUGGCUGCAAUCCUAAGAUUGAUGAUAAGCAUCCAAGAUGGUUACACUUGCGGAUCCGUCCAUCCACUUUACCCUUUGUUGAACCUUCUAAAUUGGUCACCUAUGAGAAAGGGAAAACAAGGGCCUUGGUUGAUGGGAGAUGGACCCUAGCAUUCCGGGACGAAGAGGCUUGCAAGACUGCUUUGUCUAUGAUUCUUGAAGAGACUAAUCUACAAAGCAGUGAGGUGGAAAGAGGACUAAAGUUGUUACUCGACCUUGAACGACCUGUAGAUUCAUCAGACACUUCUUCACAUCAUCCUGAGGUCGCCUCUUCGACAACAGCAACUUCUAACUCACUUGUAAGCUCCUAACCGGUUUGUUAUUACAAUAUUUUCCUUCAUUAGGGUGAGAAUGUGUAGUCACCUUUUUGUACAUGUUCGAGCCAAACUUAAGAUUAUACCAGGAAAUGUAUAUUAGCAUACCACCAAUGUAGUGCCAUUCUUUGUAUACUAGGCUCUCUGCUCCUUGAUUUGUAAGUUCCGGUCGCGGUUUCUCCCAUUCUUUAGCAGCUCUUAACCCUAGGCUUGUCCUUUUUUUUAGUGGCCUAAUUUUCUAAGCUGUGUAACAUCAUUGUAUAUGUGAGGUAAAACUUUAGUAAAAGCCUUGAGAUAUAUAUAAAUAUUUUCAGAUCACGCUAUA